AUGUUUGAACUUAUUUGGAGCUUCAACUCCGCUUUGGCCUGGCUCAUUGGUAUCUACACUUUCGUCCACAGCAUGUGUAUGAUCACCAGGUGUCUCAUCAGGAACUUCAUCAGGAAGCCUCUGGAUCUUACCCAGAGAUACGGAAAAGGCUCUUGGGUGGUCAUCACAGGUCCGACCGGAGGCAUCGGAUCAGAGUACUGCAAGCAGCUGGCUAAGCAAGGCUUCAACCUGGUGCUGCUUGGCAGAAACAAGCAGAAGCUCGAUGACUUAGAAGCCGAGCUUAAGAGAGACCACCCACAGCUGAAGACAAAGAUUGUGGUUGCUGACUUUGGAGAGGAUAUAUCACCUGAGUUUUACGAGAAGCUGUACGACCAAAUGAAAGAUUUAGAUGUAUCAAUGCUUAUAAACAAUGCUGCUAUUUUGAAUAGUGGAUUCUUUGAGGAUUCACCCAUUCAAGACUUAAUAUCUAGAGCGAAUCUUAAUAUGGGAGCACCUGCAUUAUUAGUGAGGUUUUUUAUCAAUGAUUUCUUAAAAAGAGGAAACAGGACAGCUAUCAUCAAUGUUUCUUCAUUGGUGAAUGUUUUUCCAUCCCCAUUUGUUAGAGAAUAUUCAGGCUCAAAAAGAUUUUUAUCAUUAUUCUCAUAUUUCUUGCAUGAUAAUUAUGGGGACAAAAUUGAUGUGCAGGACCUUUCUCCUGGAAUGGUCUCUACUAACAUGGCAGGCAACAGGAAGUCAUCUGAUACUAUCUCGGCAGAGCAUUGUGUUUCCAGUAGCCUGAGAGAUCUUGGACAAGAGUUCUGCACAGUCCCUUCGGUUAUCCACAGCUUAUUCGGACAGGUCAUCUUUGUUUGCUAUAGAUAUUUAACUCCUGUAUUUCAUGGAGUGAUAGUUAGAGGCGCUGAAAAAGACACUUUGGCAAGUUAUUAUAGAAAGAACAAGAGUAGAGUUUUCGGUGAAAAACCCUCCUAA